AUGCCUGGUUUCAUGACCGCAUCACUUGGUCACACAGACGAAGGACCGGUCCAAAGUCGUUCCCCCUUCCGUCUCCCUCUUCCCUCACCCAAGGAAAGCUACAUGGAUUGGGCCAAGUCUUGA